AUGGAAGGAGAAGAGGGUUCUCAGCAGCCACAGUUGGUACUCGCCGACAAGCUAUUCCUUCUCCGACAACCCGAUGUGCAGGACAUUGACAAGGUUCGCUACAAAGAGGAUGUUUUCACUCACGUUAAGGAAAACGAUAUGGUCCCUUUGUACGAAACCCUAGUCGCCGAUUCCGUGUUGGACAUGGAUCGUACCCUUUUGGAUUCCAUGCGCGCUAAAACUGAGGACGAACUUAACAAGAUCGACGAAAAGAUUGCUGAUGCUGAGGAAAACUUAGGUGAGAGUGAAGUUCGUGAGGCUCACUUGGCAAAAUCCUUGUUUUUCAUCCGAAUUGGUGACAAGGAGAAAGCCUUGGAACAUCUCAAGAUAACAGAAACCAAGACAGUUGCAGUUGGCCAGAAGAUGGACCUGGUGUUUUAUACUUUGCAGCUUGGUUUCUUUGACAUGGAUUUUGAUCUCAUUUCCAAAAGCAUUGACAAAGCCAAAAACUUGUUUGAAGAAGGUGGUGAUUGGGAAAGGAAGAAUAGGCUGAAGGUGUAUGAGGGCCUGUACUGCAUGUCCAUUCGAAAUUUCAAGAAGGCUGCCAAGUUGUUUUUGGAUUCUAUUUCAACCUUCACAACCUAUGAACUUUUUCCUUAUGACACCUUCAUAUUUUAUACGGUUUUGACCAGCAUUAUAUCGUUGGAUAGAGUUUCCUUAAAGCAAAAGGUGGUUGAUGCUCCAGAGAUCUUGACAGUGAUUGGCAAAAUCCCAUAUCUUUCAGAGUUUUUGAACUCCUUAUACGAUUGUCAAUACAAGUCUUUCUUCUCGGCAUUUGCUGGUCUGACAGAACAGAUUAAGUUGGACCGCUAUCUUCAUCCUCACUUCCGAUAUUACAUGAGGGAGGUCAGAACUGUUGUGUACUCCCAAUUUUUGGAAUCUUACAAGAGUGUGACAAUUGAGGCCAUGGCCAAAGCUUUUGGAGUGACAGUGGAUUUCAUUGAUCUGGAGCUAUCACGUUUUAUUGCAGCAGGGAAACUUCAUUGUAAGAUUGAUAAAGUUGCUGGUGUUCUUGAAACUAACCGCCCUGAUGCCAAGAAUGCCCUUUACCAAGCAACUAUCAAGCAAGGAGACUUCCUAUUGAAUCGGAUCCAGAAAUUGUCACGUGUUAUAGAUCUUUAG